CAAGCAGGGAACGUGGGCCUGCAAGGGGGGCUUUGUCACACACAGCACGCCGGGGAGCCGCCGUCUUCUCACCUUGACUGUCGUCCCUUCAUUUCUCUCCCUAGACUCCCACCUCCCAACUCUCCAGGGGCUUGAGGGGCUGGGGAGCAGCCGAGGCGGUGUGUGAGCCGGCCCGUGAGCGGACAGCCCGUGGGGGAGCCUUCCACGAGCGCGACGCGGUGGCUGCAGGGCCAGGCGGCCGUCCGUCCCCGCGAGCUCCGAGGAGCCUCCGUGGGGUGCGGGCCGGUUCCUUUAAAGGCCUCCCUAAUUUGCCUCGCUGGGUCUCUCCCUCCCGGCCGGCAGGCGGAGGGAUCGGCCGCUCCCGGCGCUGCAGCCUAGCUUGGCAGGGCGGUGGGGUGGGGGCAGACCCGGCCGGGCCGGCCCUGGGGAAGCUAGGGGCGGGGCCGCGCCGCGGGCCCCGCCCCUCGCCGCGGCCCCGCCCCUCCGCCCCCAUGGGUUCCUCCCAUUGGCCCCCCCGCCUGUCCAUCACCCCCGUCCUCUCCCCUACCCCUCCACCCCUCAAGCUAGGCUGAGCUGUGCCUACGUCGGCCUCGACUCCCGAGGGCUGGAGGAGUUACCUUUGGAGCCCGAAAGGAGGAAGGAAGCAAAAUAUCAACAACAGCCGAGGCGGCUCGGGCACUGGGCCCCGGUCUCUUCGCUUGCCCGCCGCCUGCCUGCCCGCCCUCGCGCCCACGAGACGGGGGCCCAGGCCCCCCGGCGCCGCCCAGGGCCCCGCGCGGACGCCGGCCUCAUUUAUUAUUCCCCUCCCCGCCCGGAGCUGCGGCUUCCCGGCGGUGAAGGUUUCCCCAGGACGAGGGGCAAACACUACCCGCUCCCUGCCCCGUGACACCCCUUUUCCAACCUCAGCGGGGCUUGGAGGCUGUGCAGGAGGUGUCUGCCAGACCAUGAAUUGAGCACCAGCUCUGGAUAGUUCAUGAGCACAGUGUGAGGUGUGCCGAGACCUGCCACCCAGCAAGCUCCUCCCCUCCCUAGCACUGAGGACUCCCAGAGAAUAUGGGGAGGAAAAAGAUUCAGAUUCAGCGAAUCACCGAUGAGCGGAACCGACAGGUGACGUUCACCAAGCGGAAGUUUGGGUUGAUGAAGAAAGCAUACGAGCUGAGCGUGCUGUGUGACUGUGAGAUUGCGCUCAUCAUCUUCAACCACUCCAACAAGCUCUUCCAGUAUGCCAGCACUGACAUGGACAAGGUGCUGCUCAAGUACACCGAGUACAACGAGCCGCACGAGAGCCGUACCAAUGCCGACAUCAUUGAGACCCUGAGGAAGAAGGGCUUCAACGGCUGCGAUAGCCCCGAGCCUGACGGGGAGGACUCAUUGGAGCAGAGCCCCCUGCUGGAGGACAAGUACCGGCGCGCCAGCGAGGAGCUGGACGGGCUCUUCCGGCGCUACGGGUCAGCAGUCCCGGCCCCCAACUUUGCCAUGCCUGUCACGGUGCCCGUGUCCAACCAGAGCUCCCUGCAGUUCAGCAACCCCAGCAGCUCCCUGGUCACCCCUUCCCUGGUGACGUCAUCCCUGACGGACCCACGGCUCCUGUCCCCUCAGCAGCCAGCACUACAGAGGAACAGUGUGUCUCCCGGCCUGCCCCAGCGGCCAGCCAGCGCGGGGGCCAUGCUGGGAGGAGACCUCACCAGUGCUAACGGAGCCUGCCCAAGUCCUGUUGGGAACGGCUAUGUCAGUGCUCGGGCAUCCCCUGGUCUCCUCCCCGUGGCCAACGGCAACAGCCUCAACAAAGUCAUCCCUGCCAAGUCUCCACCCCCACCCACCCACAGCACCCAGCUCGGAGCCCCCAGCCGCAAGCCCGACCUGCGGGUCAUCACCUCCCAGGGAGGGAAGGGGUUAAUGCAUCACUUGACUGAGGACCAUUUAGACAUGAACAAUGCCCAGCGCCUUGGGGUCUCCCAGUCUACCCAUUCACUCACCACCCCAGUGGUUUCUGUGGCAACACCGAGUUUACUCAGCCAAGGCCUCCCUUUCUCUUCCAUGCCCACCGCCUACAACACAGACUACCAGUUGACCAGUGCAGAGCUCUCCUCCUUACCAGCCUUCAGUUCGCCUGGGGGGCUAUCGCUAGGUAAUGUCACGGCCUGGCAGCAGCCCCAGCCACCACAACCACAGCAGCCACCACAGCCGCAGCCACAGCCUCCACAGCCACCGCAGCCACAGCCGCCUCAGCAGCCGCCACAGCCACCUCAGCAGCAGUCCCACCUGGUCCCUGUGUCGCUCAGCAACCUCAUCCCGGGCAGCCCCCUGCCCCAUGUGGGUGCAGCCCUCACGGUCACCACCCACCCCCACAUCAGCAUCAAGUCGGAACCCGUUUCCCCCAGCCGGGAGCGCAGCCCUGCGCCACCCCCUCCAGCCGUGUUCCCCACUGCUGCCCGCUCGGAGCCCGACGACGGCCUCAGCAGCCCGGCCGGGGGAGCCUACGAGACGGGGGACCGGGAUGAUGGCCGGGGGGACUUCGGGCCCACCCUGGGCCUACUGCGCCCAGCCCCAGAGCCCGAAGCCGAGGGCUCAGCUGUGAAGAGGAUGCGGCUCGAUACCUGGACAUUAAAGUGAUGGUUCCCACUCCCCUCCUCUCAGCCUCCCCGAUGAAGAGUUGACAAUCUCACCGCCCACCCCUCCCCACCCUGGGCUCCUCCCGCUCGAUCCCCACUUCCUUUCUUGUGCUCCGUGUCCUGUUGACGGUUACAUUUGUGUAUAAUUAUUAUUAUAUUAUUAUUAUUAUUAUAUUUUUUUUUAAUUUGGAUUCUCGCUUUGGAGAGGGGAUGCUAUCAUCCCCUCUUUAUCUCCACCUCCCACCAUUUUCACUGGCUGGGGGCUCUCUUUUUUUGCGGGAAGGGGGGACACUUUGCACGUUGUACACAUAUGCUGCAGGAAAGGGGUGGGGGCCCAGUAGGCUUCUGGGAAAGGACAGGUGCCGAGCCCUGCAUGUGGGAUCCUCCCACCCCAUCCCCCAGAUAGAGGGAAAUAACCAAAAAAUUACCAAACAACAACAACAACAAUCCCACACAAUAGAUGGAAAUCCCAAAGUUGACCUGAUGAGCAGGAUUGUGUUUCAAGGGGGAACGCGAGGCACAGGUUCUGAACAGAAUCUCUGUUUCUGGGCUAUUCCUCUGGCUCCAGGCAUGGUGGGGCAGAGUGCCUGGGCCUGUGGGCACACACACAGGACAUGCUCGCUGACCCUGGUGUGUGCCGCCUCUCCUUGGGGUGUAGGUACUGGCUGAGCUUUUCGGUGAGGACUGCUGCCUGCCUGGGAGUCCAAGGCUAGAGGGCAGAGUGGGCAAGGUUGCAGGUGGGGCCUGUCUAGAAGCACAUUUGGAGAGAGAGAGAGCCAUGAGGAGAGGGCUGGAAGUGGGGAAAGGGGGUUGUUGCAGAAGGGCUAGGCCAGGUAUGAGCUGGACCCUCCCUCCCCCAGCUUUUCUCUUAAGAUAUUCAGUGCAAUAGCUCCUCGGCCCUCACUGGACGCCAGUGGCCCAGUGAAGUUGGCCUCAACGUGCAGGGAGAAUCAGGGAGAACUUGAGUGAGGGAGCUGGGGAUGGCGUUGGAACAGGUCUUGUGGCAUUGGAAGGCUGGAGCCCUUCCAUGGGACAAGUGCAGGGAGGGGACUUGAUGUGCCAGGGUGGACUUCAGUAGCCCCAGGUCCCUACAAAUGGGGCCCAUCCAAGGAAGGGGGGCCACCACCCUAGCUCCUCUGUUGCCCUCUCCUGGGCCCUUCCUACAAGUUCCUUCUGCUCCCGACCCCUGCUCUCGGCACCCUCACCCGCCCUCGGUCGUCUCGCUACCUCCUUGUCCCACCACCUCCAGGCUGCGUCCCACCUUUCCUCUUGGCUACUGUAAUUGUAAAUAGCAACGUUUGGAAAACGUUAGCGGUGUACCAGUCCAGGAAACUGUUGUUGUUGUUGUAUUGAUAUGAAAUGAGAAUCUAUUUUUGUCACAGUAUAUUGUAAUAAUAACGACUCAAAUGGCCCGUACUGUCCAGAGAAGAUCUGCUGUUGUUCUUGCUCCCCAACACCCCCACACACCAAGUCUGCUCGCCUCUGCUGCCUCCUCAGUAGGGGCAGGGGGCCACAUCAGAGAUCAAACUGGAGGGGGCAGGCCCCAAGGGGCCGGGCCUGGAGCAAAGGGACAGGCACACAGGAGUGGGGCCGGAUUCCGCCAUGCAAGCCCAGUGCUCUCCCUUAGGGUACAGCACUUCCUCGGGCAUCCUCCCAGUUGGUGAGUAGAACAAUAAGGCCUAGUGUGUGUGUUAGACGACCGUCCUCCAUAACCUGGCCUUGCACAGUAUUUUGACACUUGGCACAGGGAAGGAAGUGACGCAGAUGGAUGUGUGUGACCACGCUGGCCGGCCCUGAACAGAUUCAGGGGGGCGUCUGGUAUUUAUGUGUCUGAGUGUCCUUUUGUAUUUAUGUCUGUGUGUGCGUGUGUGCUUUGGCAGGGCCGUCCCUCUGUGCGUCCUGAGCCCCACUGUGUGUGGCUGCUGUGUGUUUACAAAGGGACAGAGGCUGUCCCCACCCCCUGGCUCAGCCACCCUGGCUUGCUCCUUCCUGCUCCUUCACCCACCCCGCCCUCAGCUCAGAUGCCAUUGAGACUGCAGGCACGGGGGUUGGCAGUGGCCCUCUUCGCUUCACCCUACAGCCUACCUCUGUGGGGUUGGGGGGUAGUGGUGGGCUCCUCCAGGAGCCUUGACCUCCACACACAGGUGCCUGCUAUCUGCCUCCCACCCUGGCACGGUGUGCCCUUUCCUAGAGGAAUCCCUACUCUUCCACCCCAACCUCAUCCUGCUUGCAGAGCCGAACUCCCAAGUCCUUGGUCCUCCCUGAGCUUUUCCUCACUCGUGGCAAACCGCCCCUCCCACCAAUCUCCGCCACCACCACCUGCUCACCAAGCAAGGACCCAGCCCAUCCAGCACCCAGGCCCACUCCUGCAAGGCUUGCCCAGGGAGUGGCAGGAACUGACGAGAUUUGGUCAGGCCCCUGAGGAAGCCAGGGUGGAGUCUUGUGCACAUAUGUAUCCGCAGGGCCUGGCACAUAGUAGGCACACCAAAAAAUCCUGAAUGGUGAGAGUGGGUGAAUAACAGGUUCUCAAUAAGCAUCGAACAGCUGGCCUUUGCUUCUCACGCUGUUCCCACCACGAGUUUGCUCACCUUUCCAGGCUGAGCUGGGCCAUCUUUAAACAUGGGGUGGGGCUGAGGCCCCUGCAGUUCAUGGUGCAAUAUUUACCAGUUUUGCCCUCUGCCUCCUAAGGCAAACCUGGCUUUAGGUGACCAUGUUGAGAAUGUGUGUGUGUGUGUGUAUGUGUGUCCGUCCUUUUCCGUCCCUUGAGGAGAGGGUAGUCUGUGAAUGAAUACAUAACGUUUCUACAAUUCAGUAUCCCAAGGUUUCUAGGGUGGAGAUGGGGGUUAGGGGGUUAGGGGCUCCUGGCAGGCCAGAUGAACCCAGCCUUGACUGGGGACUUAAUUUGUCCUUCCUCUCACAAGCCAAAUUUGCCUCCACCCACUCCCUCGGAAGAUCGGGGCAUUUGCCAAAGUAACCACUGGAGUCGUCUAAUGCCCCUCCCUCCCCAGGUUUCCCACAGCUUCAGGGACAGAGAGCAAGAGGAUCUCCCCACCACCACCUCAGUGGAACACCCCACUUCCCCUUACCCAGCAGUGCACUCAGUGCAGGGAGACUGCCACGACCCCACCCAGCCCUCCCCACUUUGGACAGGAAGGAAGUGAUGCACCUUCUCUUGCUGAUUAUUUAUUUGUUUGGAGACAGACGCGAUGUAAAAGUGUAUCUAGAAAUAUCUAUAUCUAUAUAUUUUUAACUGACUCUUUGGAAUCCCCUGGGGUGGGCUGGGGUGACCAUAGGCUUUUCACAGAGAGGAGGCGACAGGGAGCCUGGGAACUCCUUGUCCUCCACUCUCCUGCCUCUCCCCACGCCCUUCACAGUUGCUAGAAGGAAUGGGAUUUGUAUGGGGUGGGGCAGGGGGAGGGGGCUGGAAUGUUCCAUGGGAGAAUCUGGAUUCUCUCCUCUUCCCCAUGCAAGUCUUAGGAGGGCGGGGGUUGGGGGUGGGGGGAAGAGGGCAGGAGGGGUGGGACAGGCCACAGAGGUGGCCCACCCCCGACAAUCACCCCCACUCCUAGGGCUCUUCCUGGGUCCUGGGGAGGGGCAAGUCCACGUGUGUGGCUGUUGAUUUGUUUUCAAUAUUUCUUUUCGUGCUGUAUGGUGAUGCUUUCUUAGUAUUCUACACAAUUAAGAAAAGACAAAGUCCUCGAGAUUCUUAUGAGUUUUGUUUGAAAACUCUUUCACUAUAUUUGUUGUAAAGAGGUUUACUAUUAAAAGAAAAAGAAUACACGUUUCUGAUA